AUGCCAGGCCUGCCCCCCAUCGCACCCACCCCGGCCACAGGGGCGCGGGAGAAGGCCUUCUCUCAGCAGCAGCUCCGAGGGCAGAAGAGACCCAGCGUCCUCGUGGUGUGCGACAGCGCCCAGGAGCCGCGCGAAGAGGUGGCCGAGCUCCGCAGUGUGUGUACCGGGACUUCCUUACGGAGGCUCGGCCCUGAGGGGGGCAGGUUUUUGUUUUUUCUACUCUGCAGCUCAUUAAAAUCCAAUCUUAUUCUAUUUCUGUUGAUUUCUACAAUGCAUGUGUUCUGGUGUCAUCCAGUUCCAUCUUCUAAGGUGUCUGGAAAAUCUGACUACUUUGUCGUCCUGCUGAACAGCUGCCCCACGAGGAUGGGUAGGAGAGAGGGACUGGAUUUUCUAAAGCCAAUUUUGGAGAAGACACUUAUGAAAAGGUCCUUUCGCAAUGGAGUUGGCACAGGAAUGAAAAAAACUUCCUUUCAAAGAGCAAAAUCAUGA